AUGGCGAGCGCGAGGGCGAAGUUUCCAAAGGACCCGUUCCGCAUCCAGACAGACCUCGGAGAGGUGCUAAUGUUGCCACCACAUCUGGCUGAUGAGAUCCGGAACGCGCCACAACUGAACUUCACGACCGCCAUCGUUGAGGACGACCACGGUACGCUACGCGGGUUCGACUUCGCGAGCAUGAACACGCAAACACUCAUACGCAACGUGGCGCAGAGACAAUUGACCAAAUAUUUGAUCAUCGUGACGAAACCCCUGUCGGAAGAGACGGCGUUGGCCGUUUCGAUCAACUUCGGGGAUUCAAUAGAAUGGCACGAGGUGAUGCUAAAGCAGGCCGUGAACAACGUCAUCUCGCGCAUCUCCUCGCGCGUGUUCCUAGGCGACCAGAUCUGCCGCAACGAGCAGUGGCUGCACCUAACGGAACUCUACAGCGAGAGGUUCAUGCACGCGGGCGCCCAGCUCCGCAUCUGGCCGCGGUAUCUACGGCCCCUCGUGCACUGGUUCCUCCCAGAGUGUCGGAGGCUGCGGGCGACGCAGCGGGAAGCGGUGCGCAUCAUCGCGCCCGUGGUCGAGGCACGGAAGAAGGCGAAGCGGGACGCGCUCGCAGCCGAUGAGCCCGUCCCUGUCUUUAACGACGCCCUCGACUGGUCCGAGGACGAGGCCAGGGUCAAGCGGCUGAGCUACGACCCGGCCAUCGUCCAGCUGAGCCUGGCAAUAGCCGCCAUCCACACCACAGCCGACCUGACCGAGCAGUUCGUGCUCGAUAUCGCCCAGAACCCACAGUAUUUCGCCCCGCUGCGUGAGGAGAUCAUCCGCUGUCUGAGGGAGGGCGGCUGGAAGAAGUCCUCCCUCUACAACAUGAAGCUUCUCGAUAGCGCUAUUAAGGAAUCCCAGAGGCUGAAGCCCAGCAGUAUCGCCUCCAUGCGCCGCCGGGUCGAGCGCCAAAUGAUACUGUCCAACGGGAUCAAGCUGAAGGCGGGCGACCGCAUCGCGGUAGAUUCGCACCGGAUGUGGGACCCGACUUUGCACGAGGAGCCGGGGCGGUGGGACCCGUACCGGUUCCUAUCGAUGCGAACGGCGGACCCGGCCAAGGAGAACUCGGCGGCGCUACUCGUGACGACGUCGCCGGACCACCUCGGCUUCGGGCACGGGCGCGACGCCUGCCCCGGCCGCUUCUUCGCCGCCAAUGAGGUCAAGGUCGCCCUCUGCCACAUGAUCGUCAAGUACGAGUGGGAACUCGUCCCCGGUACCGAGACCAAGCCUAACAUGAUGGGCCUCAUCGCCGAAUCGUCCCCCACCGCCCGCAUCACCAUCCGCCGCCGCCACAACCCCGAGCUCAAUAUCGAUUCCCUCUGA